AUGGUGGAAUUCGUUCGAGACUUCGACAUGAAGCUAACCGUGGAGGAAUCGUACGAACUGGUAGCCCACAUUCAGGCUCAGCCGCUGACUAACUGCAAAAUCAUUGAAGCUCAUGAGGGCGAUGAGUUAUUGAAGAAGAUGAGGGAAAGAGUAAGGAAUGAUGGGAAGUCUGAGUGGAGGAUCGGUACCAAUGUGGGGUUGUGGUACCGAGUCCGCCUUUAUGUUCCAAACCUUAAGGGACUGCGAGAAGAAGUCCUAAAUGUUGCUCACAACUCCAAGUUAGCGAUGCACCCUGGUAGUACCAAAAUAUACCAGGAUCUGAAGCAGAAUUAUUGGUGGGACAACAUGAGGAAGGAAAUAGCAGAGACAAGGAAGGGGCAUGACUUGAUAUGGGUGAUUGUGGAUAGGCUAACCAAAUCAACCCAUUUCUUGCCGAUCAAGACAUCUAGCUCCGCCGAGGACUUGGCCAAGCUGUAUAUCAAGAAAAUCGUGCGACUCCAUGGCAUCCCAUUGGAAAUUGUGUCGGACCAGGACACACGAUUCACGUCGAUCUUCUGGACCUACAUCCAAGAGGCCAUGGGAGAGAGUUGGGAUGACUGUCUCCCGUAUGCCGAGUUCGCCUACAAUAAUAGCUUCCAGGCUGGCAUCGGUAUGGCGCCUUACGAGGCCCUGAAGAAAAGCUAUGUCGACACAAGGCGCAGGGACUUGGAAUUUGAAGUUGGGGACUAUGUAUUUCUCAAGAUCUCCCCAAUGAAGAGCGUUUCACGCUUCGGCAAGAAGGGAAAGCUCGCGCCACGGUUCAUAGGGCCCUUCCAGAUUUUGGACCGUGUGGGUGCGGUUACCUAUCGCUUGGCCCUACCUACGCCUCUCGCGUGGAGUGCAUAA